AUGAAUAUUAAUAGAUAUAAUUCUGGUUUAAAUAAUAAUAGUGGCUUUAUUGAGAAUAUUGGCUUGAAUGUUGGAUUAAUUUAUGUACUUCCCAAAAAUUUUGAAUUCGAUAGAUUUAAUGGUAUACUCGGUUUGGCUUCACAAAAUGAUUUGGUAAAACAACCUGAAGAAAAUUUUUAUGAAAAUAUUCUACAAGAUUUUAGUGAUCCAAAUCAAAUAUUCUCUUUAAAGAUUGGAAGAGAAGCAGACAGAACGGAGAGUGAAUUUACAAUUGGUGGUAUUGAUCAUA